AUGUCUCGUGUCUCAACUCCACCACAGACUCCAACACACGCUGUUCUGAACGGCCUCACAACUCCUCAAAGCUCCCCAGGAUCUGAUGUCCCUCCUAAGCCCCGAGUUGUCGAGAACUUCCGCCCUAUCAGCGUCAUCAUCAUUGGCGCUGGCUUUUCUGGAAUCUACUGCGGCAUUCGCAUACCUGAACGACUUCGUAAUGUCAAGUUGACGAUAUACGAGAAGAACUCCGGGAUUGGAGGGACGUGGUAUGAAAAUCGGUACCCAGGCUGCGCUUGUGAUAUUCCAUCACACUCAUAUCAGUACACAUUCGCACCCAAUCCUAAUUGGAGCCAGUCUCACGCUCCAGGACCUGAGAUUCUACAAUAUCUCGAGUCCGUAACAAAACGCUACUCGGUAGACCGCUUCAUCAAAACCUCGCACAAGGUUCUUGACGCGAGAUGGGAUGAGAAGGCGUCGCAGUGGCAUGUCACUGUCAAGAGCCUACAGACUGGAGAGACUUUAGAGGAUACGGCGGAUGUUGUCAUCAGCGCCCGGGGCACUCUGAACGAGAGGUCCUGGCCUGAUAUCCCGGGACUUCAGGACAUGAAGAUCCCGGUCAUGUAUUCUGCGUCUUGGGAUGAGAGUGUCAACUUUGAGAACAAGAGAAUCGGUGUCAUUGGCGGUGGAAGCAGUGCGAUUCAGAUCAUCCCCAACUUGCAGAAGUUACCUGGAACUACGCUCAGCUGCUUUGUUCGAAGCAAGACAUGGAUAUCCAAGCCGAUUGGCGAAUCCGUGAUGAAGAGUCUUGGAAUAGAUGACGAACAAAGAAAGAAGUUUGCAACCGACCCUGAGUACUACCUCAACUUUCGAACUGCGAUCGAAAGAGAUGGCAACUCGGCUCAUUCUCUCACCAUGAAGGACUCCCAGAUGCAGAAGCUUGCACGAGAGGAUCUAAUCGCACUCAUGCGAAAGAAGCUAGAGAGUAAACCGAACAUCUUUGAGUCGCUGCUACCAGACUUUGGGGUGACCUGUCGACGACUAACACCAGGCCCGGGAUAUCUCGAGGCCCUCGUCGAAGACAACGUUGAGUUCAUCAAUACUCCCAUCACCAGAGCGACAGAGUCAGGAUUAGUUCUGAAGAGCUCAGAGGAAAAGAAGCUGGACAUUCUGGUUUGCGCCACUGGGUUCCAAACCUCCGCUCCUCCACCAUUCCCAGUGAUUGGAAAGAAUGGCCAGACGAUGCAGCAACGAUUUGAGCCCUAUGCAGAGACGUACCUAUCUCUCGCUACAGAUGGUUUCCCCAACUACUUCAUGAUGCUGGGUCCAAACGCUGCGAUCGGCACUGGCCCUCUAACAACUAUGAUCGAAAGGACCGGGGACUACAUCGUCAAGUGUAUACGAAAACUCCAAAAGGAAGGCAUCUCAAGCAUGGAGCCAAAAUCAUCACGAGUCAAAGACUUCUCCAAGAUCAUCGACGAGUACUUCAAAGGAACAGUGUACCUCGACAGCUGCAGCAGCUGGUACAAAAACAAGGGGGGCAGAGGUGACCGGAUAACAGGUGUGUGGCCAGGGAGUGCGUUGCACGCCAUGGAAACUCUGCGUUCGCCCCGCUGGGAGGAUUUCGACUACGUGUACAGUGAGGAUAGGGAUGGAGAAGAGGGGAACAGGUUGGCUUGGCUUGGAGAUGGGUGGUCUGCGGCGCAAGUUGACCCUGGAGAAGGCGAGCUGGCACAUUUCCUGCAACCAGAGCUCAUUGACAUUCCAUCGGAGCCUUUUCCCGAGGAUACGCCUGUGUUUAGGAUGCUUCCUUUCUCCCAUUAG